AUGAUCGACCCCAAAGGCUUCACCACCAACGAUCUGAUCAUGCUGAAUCUGAAGCAGGAGAAGACUCUCGAGAAGGCGGACGUGCGCGAGUGCGGGAGUAUCAAUGUGCUGGCGAGUACGGCUAUUCCACUACCGCCCGUCAUAGCACGACAACAGAAACGCCAGAUCGACACCCUGUUCGAUCAGGCCAACGUGAAAGAAGAGCCGAACCCGCUGAGUUUCGUGCACAUCGAAGAGUAUCGCGACAACACCUUCCUCACCGCCAACGCCGAAGGGGAGCUCACUACCAACAUGGAGCAGGUUAAGACGGACCACAGCACAGAAAAGGAGAAAGAAAGUGGUAGUUUCGUGAACAAUGACAUUCCUCCGUAG